UCAAGUUAGCCAAAGAUGGGUUGUUGUCGUAGCAAACAUAAAUUGCCGGGUGCUGAGCUCAAUGGCAACAAUUCAAGCAAAGAUCCAAGAGCAGCCGGUCAAGAAGAACAAGUUGUAAAAUCUCAAACACAAGCUCCAAAAGCAAGGCAGCGCCACCAGAACCAGGCACAGCAAUCGAACCCUUCAUCAGCAAGCAUAAAGGCAGUUCAAGUGAGGCGGGAUACAGUAUUAGGGAAUCCAUUGGAAGACGUUAAGAAACACUACACACUCGGGGAGGAACUCGGUCGAGGCCAAUUCGGCAUAAUUUACUUGUGCACCGAGAAUUCAACUGGCAAAACUUACGCUUGCAAAUCGAUAUUGAAGAGAAAGCUGAAAAAUAAACAAGACAGAGAUGAUGUCAAGAAAGAGGUUCAAAUUAUACAGCAUUUAUCCGGUCAGCCAAAUAUUGUUGAAUUCAAGGGCGUUUAUGAAGAUGCGCAGUCUGUCAAUAUUGUAAUGGAGCUUUGCGCUGGUGGUGAGCUUUUCGAUCGGAUCAUUGCACAGGGCCAUUACUCCGAGAGAGCUGCAGCUGCUAUUUGUAGACAAGUCCUGAAUGUAGUUCAGAUUUUCCAUUUCAUGGGAGUGAUGCACCGUGAUCUCAAACCGGAGAAUUUCCUCUUGUCUAGCAAGGAUGAAAGAGCUAUGUUGAAGGCAACCGAUUUCGGGUUGUCUGUCUUUAUUGAAGAAGGGAAGCAAUAUCGGGAUAUAGUCGGCAGCGCUUACUACAUAGCUCCUGAAGUUCUGCGACGUGGUUACGGAAAGGAAAUCGACAUAUGGAGUGCAGGAGUUAUUUUAUACAUUCUACUUAGUGGUGUCCCUCCAUUUGGUGCAGAAACUGAGAAGGGAAUAUUUGAAGCCAUUCUUGAAGGUCAAAUAGAUUUCGCAAGUGAUCCGUGGCCUUCGAUCUCCAAAAGUGCCAAAGAUCUAGUGAGAAAGAUGUUGACAAUGGACCCCAAAAAACGGCCUACUGCUGCACAAGCUCUCGAGCAUCCGUGGCUGAGAGAAGGUGAAGCAUCAGACAGGCCGAUAAAUUCUGCUGUUCUAACCAGAUUGAAGCAAUUCAGGGCAAUGAAUCAGCUGAAGAAGCUUGCAUUAAAGGUUAUUGCUGAAAAUCUAUCUGAAGAAGAGAUUAAAGGUCUUAAAACAAUGUUCACAAACAUCGACACAGAUAAUAGUGGCACAAUCACUUACGAAGAACUGAAAGAAGGUUUGGCCCGUCUUGGAUCCAAGCUCAACGAAGCUGAAGUCAAGCAAUUAAUGGAUGCUGCUGAUGUGGAUGGAAAUGGAACGAUAGACUAUAUCGAAUUUAUCUCAGCUACAAUGCAUAGAUACAGACUUGAAAGAGAUGAAGACCUGUACAAAGCAUUCCAGCAUUUCGAUAAAGAUAACAGUGGGUUCAUUACAAUGGACGAACUAGAGGCUGCUAUGAAGGAGUAUGGAAUAAGUAAUGAAGCCAACAUCAAGGAAAUUAUCGCCGAGGUGGAUUCCGACAACGACGGGAGAAUUAACUACGAUGAGUUCUGCUCGAUGAUGAGAAGUGGAGCACAAACCGGAAGGCUUUUUUAGAUGCCCUUUGAUUGUUCCAUUACGAGCAUGCAAUACCGAGUUGCUGAUGACUGAUGUAACCUAAUUAACAGUGUGCCACCAGAAAGUAUCCAGGUUCAUUAACUAUCUUGAUCCUA